GUCGAAGUGUUUUGUUUUUUUGUUUUGUUUUGUUUUUGUUCUUCCUGUGAAGAUGUGCUCGGCCAAAAGGGGUGUCGAUGGCGUGGUAUAUGUGUGCGAUUGUGCAAAGGCGUGUUCGCUGCAGUAGGAGUGUUUGAUGGUUGUGGGCUGCAAACUCAGCUCCAGGGGAACGUCAGUGGGAGGUACCAGUAUCAGAUGUCUCACCUCUCCAGGGUCCCCGGACCCCACUGCCUAGCGCGGAAUGUUCAGAAACCCUCAACCUCCCGAGCGAGCUGAGGCGCCUGUCUUAGGAAGCCUGAGAGCUGUUUAAGGUUGGGUGGGCUCCUCUGGGAAGAGGCAGGGAGUCGGAGCCUGGAGAAAGGCCCUGCCUGGUAGGGCAGGUGGGAGCGUGGGGUGGUGACCUGAGAAAGGUUGCUGUGCCGAUUUGUGUGACUCGGAGACUGUCGCAUCACGACUCUGGGUUACUGUUUCAUGCAGAAAGGACAGCGUCGGGGUCUCAGAGACCUGCUUGCAAACAGAAAUGGGCUAGCAGUUUGUUGGUUUUGAAAGAAGAUAGGGUAGAGAGCUUCUGUAUCACCGGCUUGCCCACUCCUCUCGAGCUGCUAGAUGUGAGGAGGCACCAAAAAAGCUGCUCUAGUGUCUAGACAGUCAGGCCUGGGGGAGGUGGGCGAGGGAGGAAGUGAGGUUCCUAGGAAAGCACUGUGGCAGGAGACUUCUCGAAUGAUCUCUAUGUUUUUGAGCAUUGAAAAAAAUGAACCGCGGUGGUGUGUGUAGAGUAGAAACAAUGCCUUGAGAUCAGGCUGAGAGAGAAGAGGGAGCUGGAUGCAGCUUGUGUUCUAGGCACCAAACUCAGAAGCAGGGGACUGUUUGAGAGGUCCUGGCUUGACAGUGCUGGAGUGCAGAGUAGAGGCUCGUUGACUUCACAGGGUGGAAGGCAGAGGACAAGCCAUCAUCAGAGCUUGAACCUCAGGCUCCAUUAUUAGGAAACUAAGAACAUUUUAUGAAGCAGAAAAUUAAGGCAAGUGAAGCACCUACUAAGUCUGAGCUGUCCCUCUGAAAUGAGGGUGAUAUUGACCGUCAGUUGUUCAGGGCUUAAAAAAGAACAGUAUAUGUAAAGUACUUAGUCUAUCGCUUGGGUCAUUUAAAAUACAAAGUAUAAGAUAACAAAACGAUAGUAAUAGGGAUUUAUGUGAAUGUUGUGGCUCGGAAUGACCAUCAUCUUCUGUUUUUCUGCAAGUUUUGAUGACUCCUCUUUUUCCUCUUCCUGACUUUUCUGGUCUGCAGGCAGCAGCCCAAAUUCCAUCAUUCCUCCCUGUAUUCCUCUCCCAAGAUCUGGGCUACAGACAGAGGCUACUUACUCUGUCCCAGUUUGACUUCCUCAUCCUAGAUCCAGCUCCCCCGACCCCCUCCCACCUGUGCUGUGUUGUGAUAGUAACUAGAAAUUCCGCCUCUGAAAGGGGCCCCUCUAGGAAGGAGCAAAGGUGCGCGUUCCCUCGCUGAACCUGGGCUUCCGAUUUACCCGCGGUGGCUCUUUGGUACCUGGCCAGCAGCUGUGUACAUUUGGUGAAGGGGAAAAGCCAAGGCCAGGAGCUGUAAGAGCCAGCUGGGAGCCCAACACAAGUCUCGACAAGAGAGUCAGGCAUGGGGGGUCAGGGAAGGGGGACCCCUUCCUCCUUCCUAACUGUCUCUCCAGGAAUCCCUGGCUUUUGUACGGGACGGCUGUCGUGGGGUUGGGGGAGGCGCCAAGUCUGAGUGCAUGUCCUGGGCCACCAGCCAAGAGAACACGAUGUUCCCUGGUGCGCUGGCCGCCGCCCUCUGGGGCUGGCUCCCUCCCAAACCGCUGCCUCUCCAGUCUCCCUGGCCCACAUUCCCCCGGCUGCCUCGCCCCGCCUCCUUCCUCCGCUUUGACGUCAGCACUGUCUCCCGCCCCCUCUUCUCCAUUGACGGCAGCAGAGCCUGGUUACUGUGGGGACCGCGAGACCUGACAACCUGGGCCUUGGGAUCAGGUGCUGUGAUUAAAUUAGUAAGCCCUCAGAGACAGGCAUCCCACCUCCCUUAUCCAGGCCACAAAAGCCCCGUUGGGCACCCGUGGUGGCCUCUUCACCUUCCCUGUCUUGUCCUCCGCUGCAUGGCCCAGACAUGAGUGGCCCCCUAGAAGGGGCUGAUGGGGGAGGAGACCCCAGGCCCGGAGAACCUUUUUGUCCUGGAGGAGUCCCAUCUCCUGGGAACUCCCAGCACCGGCCUCGCCCAGGGCCCAGCCUGGCUGAUGACACCGAUGCAAACAGCAAUGGCUCGAGUGGCAAUGAAUCCAAUGGACACGAGUCCAGGGGCGCGUCUCAGCGGAGUUCGCAUAGCUCCUCUUCCGGCAAUGGCAAGGACUCAGCCCUGCUGGAGACCACAGAGAGCAGCAAGAGUACAAACUCCCAGAGCCCAUCCCCACCAAGCAGCUCCAUUGCCUAUAGCCUCCUGAGUGCCAGCUCAGAGCAGGACAACCCGUCUACUAGUGGCUGCAGCAGUGAACAGUCAGCUCGGGCCAGGACCCAGAAGGAACUCAUGACCGCACUUCGGGAGCUCAAACUUCGACUGCCUCCGGAACGUCGGGGCAAGGGCCGCUCUGGGACCCUGGCCACACUGCAGUAUGCCUUGGCAUGUGUCAAGCAGGUGCAGGCUAACCAGGAGUAUUAUCAGCAGUGGAGUCUGGAGGAGGGUGAGCCUUGUGCCAUGGACAUGUCUACUUAUACCCUGGAGGAGCUGGAGCAUAUCACAUCUGAAUACACUCUUCGAAACCAAGAUACCUUCUCUGUGGCCGUGUCCUUCCUGACAGGCCGGAUUGUCUAUAUUUCGGAGCAGGCUGCUGUCCUGCUGCGUUGCAAGCGGGAUGUGUUUCGGGGUGCCCGCUUCUCGGAGCUCCUAGCUCCCCAGGAUGUGGGUGUCUUCUAUGGCUCUACUACACCAUCUCGACUGCCCACUUGGGGCACGGGGACCUCUACAGGUUCAGGCCUCAAAGACUUCACCCAGGAAAAGUCUGUCUUCUGCCGAAUCAGAGGCGGUCCUGACCGGGAUCCAGGGCCGCGGUACCAGCCAUUCCGCCUCACCCCAUAUGUGACCAAGAUUCGGGUCUCAGAUGGGGCCCCUGCACAGCCAUGCUGCCUACUCAUUGCGGAGCGCAUCCACUCUGGCUAUGAAGCACCCCGGAUCCCUCCUGACAAGAGGGUCUUUACCACACGACACACACCCAGCUGCCUCUUCCAGGAUGUAGAUGAAAGGGCUGCGCCGCUGCUGGGCUACCUGCCCCAGGAUCUCCUGGGGGCUCCAGUGCUCCUCUUUCUGCAUCCUGAGGACCGACCCCUCAUGCUGGCCAUCCAUAAGAAGAUUCUGCAGCUUGCAGGCCAGCCCUUUGACCACUCUCCUAUUCGCUUCUGUGCUCGGAAUGGGGAAUAUGUCACCAUGGACACCAGCUGGGCCGGCUUCGUACACCCCUGGAGCCGCAAGGUGGCUUUUGUGUUGGGCCGCCAUAAAGUACGCACGGCACCCCUGAACGAGGACGUCUUCACUCCCCCAGCCCCCAGCCCGGCUCUGUCCCUGGACUCCGAUAUACAGGAGCUCUCGGAGCAGAUUCAUCGACUGCUGUUGCAGCCUGUGCACAGCUCCAGCCCCACAGGUCUCUGUGGAGUUGGCCCUCUGAUGUCCCCCGGUCCUCUCCAUAGCCCUGGCUCCUCCAGUGAUAGCAAUGGGGGUGAUGCUGAGGGGCCUGGGCCUCCUGCUCCAGUGACUUUCCAGCAGAUCUGUAAGGACGUGCAUCUGGUGAAACACCAGGGACAACAGCUCUUCAUUGAGUCCCGGGCCAAGCCUCCUCCUCGGACCCGCCUCCUUGGUACAUUCAAGGCCAAAGUCCUUCCCUGCCAGUCCCCAAACCCUGAACUGGAGGUGGCCCCUGCUCCCGACCAAGCCCCACUAGCCUUGGCCCCUGAGGAGCCAGAGAGGAAGGAAGCCUCCAGCUGUUCCUACCAGCAGAUCAAUUGCCUGGACAGCAUCCUCAGGUAUUUGGAGAGCUGCAACAUUCCCAGCACAACAAAGCGUAAAUGUGCCUCCUCCUCUUCCUGCACGGCCUCCUCUGCCUCUGAUGAUGACAAGCAGAGGGCAGGCCCAGUUCCUGUGGGGGCCAAGAAAGAUUCGACGUCAGCAGUGCUGUCUGGGGAGGGGGGCACUCCUCGGAAGGAGCCAGUGGUGGGAGGCACCCUGAGCCCGCUUGCCCUGGCCAAUAAGGCAGAGAGCGUGGCGUCUAUCACCAGCCAGUGCAGCUUCAGCUCCACCAUCGUCCAUGUGGGAGACAAGAAGCCCCCAGAGUCGGACAUCACCAUGAUGGAGGACCUGCCUGGCCUAGCCCCUGGCCCAACCCCUAGCCCAGCCCCCAGCCCCACAGUAGCUCCUGACCCAGCCCCAGAUGCUUACCGCCCAGUGGGUCUGACCAAGGCCGUGCUGUCCCUGCACACACAAAAGGAAGAGCAAGCCUUCCUCAGCCGCUUCAGAGACCUUGGCAGGCUUCGUGGACUUGACAACUCUUCUGUGGCGCCCUCUGCCCCUGGCGAGCGAGGCUGCCACCAUGGCCCCAUGCCCCCUGGUCGCCGACACCACUGCAGAUCUAAAGCAAAACGUUCUCGUCACCACCAGACCCCCCAGCCUGAAACUCCUUGCUAUGUCUCCCAUCCUUCCCCUGUGCCCUCUUCUGGACCCUGGUCACCCCCACCAGCCACUACCCCCUUCCCAGCAGUGGUCCAACCCUACCCACUCCCAGUGUUCUCCCCUCGAGGAGGUCCCCAACCUCUGCCCCCUGCUCCCACAUCUGUGCCCUCUGCUACUUUCCCUUCUCCCUUGGUAACUCCAAUGGUGGCCUUGGUGCUCCCUAACUAUCUAUUCCCUGCCCCACCUAGCUAUCCAUAUGGGGUAUCCCAGGCCCCUGCUGAGGGGCCACCCACUCCUUCCCACUCGCCUUCUCCAUCCCUGCCCCCACUGGACCCUAGCCCCCCGCACCGCCCAGACUCCCCACUGUUCAACUCAAGAUGCAGUUCCCCACUUCAGCUCAAUCUGCUGCAGCUUGAGGAGUCCCCCCGCACUGAGGGGGGUGCUGCUGCAGGGGGCCCUGGAAGCAGUUCUGGGCCCCUCCCUCCCAGUGAGGAAGCUGCUGAGCCAGAGGCCAGACUGGUAACUGAGUCCUCCAAUCAGGACGCGGUAACUGAGUCCUCCAAUCAGGACGCACUUUCAGGCUCCAGUGACCUGCUGGAGUUACUACUACAAGAAGAUUCCCGCUCUGGCACAGGCUCAGCUGCCUCAGGCUCCCUGGGCUCUGGCUUAGGCUCUGGGUCUGGUUCAGGAUCCCACGAAGGGGGGAGCACCUCAGCCAGCAUUACUCGCAGCAGUCAAAGCAGCCACACAAGCAAGUACUUCGGUAGCAUUGACUCUUCAGAGGCUGAGGCCGGUGCAGCUCAGGCCAGGACUGAGCCUGGGGACCAGGUCAUCAAGUAUGUGCUCCAGGAUCCCAUCUGGCUGCUCAUGGCCAAUGCUGACCAGCAUGUCAUGAUGACUUACCAGGUGCCCACCAGGGACACGGCCUCUGUGCUGAAGCAAGACCGGGAGAGGCUCCGGGCCAUGCAGAAGCAACAGCCACGGUUCUCGGAGGAUCAGCGGCGGGAACUGGGUGCUGUGCACUCCUGGGUCCGGAAGGGCCAGCUGCCUCGAGCCCUUGAUGUCAUGGCUUGUGUGGACUGCGGUAACAGCGUUCAAGAUCCUGGCCAUUCUGAUGACCCACUCUACUCAGAACUGGAUGGAUUGGGGCUGGAGCCCAUGGAGGAGGGUGGAGGCGAGGGUGGUGGUGGUGGUGGUGAUGGUGGUGGUGGUGGUGAGGAGGCCCAGACCCAAACUGGGGCUAAGGGCUCAAGCUCUCAGGACUCUGCCAUGGAGGAAGAAGAACAAGGUGGGAACUCAUCCAGUCCAGCUUUACCUGCAGAAGAAAAUGGCACCAGCUAGACUCCAUUUUGGGAGUCACUUACAGCAGUCUAUGAGAGGCUUCCUUUUCAACCAUGUUGGGGUUCUUAGAACUCAAGCUAUGGCUGGACCAACCAAUAGGAAACUGCCCCAGCUUCUCCUCACACAGGGGGCAGGACCCCCACUACCAGUCCAGGACCCAGGAGCUGCCUCUGGCCUCUUAGCAGAGAGCGGAAGUUUUCAGCCCAGUUUGGAGGAUUGUCCGUCCCCACCCUGCUGAGGAGACCUUCCCUCAUCCAGUUCAGGUGGCUGACACGCUGCUGAAUCGGCCUCUUCAAAUCUCAGCUGAGCCUGAGUCCCAGUCAGAGGGUCGGGGCCGCACUUAUUUAUUGGGGGAGACAGCUCACUCUCUUACCUCAUCUCAAGAUGGGAGGAGGGGAGCCUGGGGUCCAUGUAGGACCCAGGGGUUUUGAACCCCUAGCUGCUCCAGGGUAGGGGAGGUUGGUGGACCAUGGAGUCCCUGGUGCUGCCCCUCUGGUGGGACCCAGGUGUUCUCAGCUCUACCCUCUACCAAUGGCAUUUGUGUUUUUGA